AUGCUAGAUAUUAGUAAUGAAAAAAGCAAUAAUAUAGAAGUUUUUACUUCUGGAGAUAAUUAUUUAAAUAAUGAGGAUCAAAAGGAAUUGACUUUGAAAGAUGUUACACCAAGACUAUCAAAGUGGUGGUUUCAAUACCCAUAUUUGUUAAAAUUAAAUAUAUUUUUGGGAUGUGCUCUAUUCGGUAUGGUUACUCAAGGAUAUGACGGUACCUUGAUGGGUAAUUUACAAACAAUUCCCAGUUGGAAUAGUUAUUAUGAUAAUCCUUCUGGUGAAAGGUUGAGUACUUUAUCAAACGGUCAAGUGUUUGGGUCAAUAGCUUCAGUACCUUUUUUGGUAAUAGUUGGUAACCGUAUUGGAAGAAAACAUAUGCUUCUUGUUGGAGUCAUUUUAUCGAUUCUCGGGGCUGGAUUACAGGCAGGUGCAGUGAACUAUGGUAUGUUUCUCGUAUCUCGUAUUUUUCUAGGUCUUGGUUCUGGUGCAACACAGGUUUCGUCUGCACCGUUGCUAGCUGAAACUGCCUACCCUUCUCAAAGACCAGCUAUAACAAGUAUGAUGCAAGCGAGCUUUCCUGCUGGUGCAUUUAUGGCGGCACUUUUUGUAUAUGCUGGUUUUGAAUCAGAUGUGAAAUAUAACGAUUGGUCCUGGCGCAUGCCUUCAGUGUUACAGGCUGCUUGUCCAAUAAUUCAAUUAAUUUUGGUAUACUUUUGUCCAGAAUCACCAAGAUGGCUUAUAGCUCACAACAAGGAGAACGAGGCGUUCGAAGUUUUGACUAAGUAUCAUGCGGGUGGAGAUAGGAAUAGCGAUUUAGUUAAAUUUGAAAUGGUAGAAAUAAAAGCCGCAAUUAUAAAAGAGCAGAGUGGAAGGAAAGUUUCCUGGUUAGCAUGGUUUCACACAAAAACAAACCUUCACAGAUUAUUUUCUCACCAUUGCGUUACCGUCUAUUAUACAGUUGUGUGGAUCUUCACUCGUAUCGUACUAUUUUUCAAUUGUUCUUGA